AUAAUUUAUAUUUCACAUUUAGGACAGCCUUACAAUACGAGAAUAUAUUUCUUUAACUCAUUACUACUUUAUCUUGACUUCCGCCGUACAACUCGGCACGGGGAAAAAAUAUGGCUAGUGGUUGAGUGCUCCACGUGGGAUAGUGUAUUUUGUACUUAUUUACUUGUGAAAUGCAAUUUAUAGGGUUUUUAUGAUCAAUCAGAACGAUGGUUCAGGCAUUAGAUGAAAUAAUAUCCAGAGAUUUGCCUCAGGCAUUUCAGCUUUUACGAGAAAUGAAUGAGAGUGUUCAGCAAGUUACACAGUUAGUUGACAACAUGCUGGCGCGGGUGAAAAGAGGAGAAGUUUCAACAGAUAAAGGUUUGAGUUUUUUAGAAAUGAAGUAUCACAUGCUUCUGAGCUAUCUCAUCAACCUGACAUAUGUUGUCCUGCGUAAAUGUUCUGGUAAAAUGAUUGAGGGAGAUCCUGCUAUAGAUCACCUUGUUGAAAUACGUACAGUACUGGAGAAAAUGCGCCCUAUUGAUCAUAAAUUGAAGCAUCAAAUUGACAAAUUGGUGAAGACUGCAGCUACAGGCUCUACUGGAGGAUCUGACCCAACUCACUUCCGUGCACACCCAGAAAACAUGGUUAGUAAAGCGGAAGAAUCAGAGGAAAGUGAAUCAGAAGGUGAAGAUGAUAAAUCAGAUGAUAAACAAGGCAAGGUGAAGAAGGGAGUGUAUGUUCCACCUAAAUUGGCUGCUGUUCACUAUGAUGGUGACGAGAGCUGGGCAGAGAAACAGCAACGCAUGCUGGAACGUGCCAGGAAACGAGCCUUAGGGAGCUCAGUGAUGCAGGAGCUUCAAGAAGAAUACUUUGAUCGUCCAUUGGAAGUGUCACAUUGUGAUGUAGCCAAGGCCACACUAGUACAGCAACUUCGGCACAAAGAGGAGUACGAGGAGAGCUACUUUACGAGACUCCCAACAACAAAACAAGAGCGUCACAAGGCUCGCAAAAUGACCACUCUUGGUACCUUAGGUGAUGAACUCACCCGAUUUGGAGAUCUUCGUGGUCUAGAAGGAGGUGCAUGUGCAUCUGGACCUUCAGGCACUUCUAAGAAAAGAAAGCAUUUCAAAGGGAAGAAGAAUUUCAAGAAAAGGAGAUUUCACUGAGCACUUGUUCAUGUCAGUGUACAUCUGUCACAGCUGCAGUAUUUCGUUUGGACAUCCGUCUGUUCAGCUCUCACUACACCUACAUGCAGUUCGGGAUGGAAUAUUUCUGGUGAAUAACCAGUCAGAAGUCAGAAAACUGGGACCAUUUCAGAGGACUGCCAGAGAUCUAUUAUAUAUAAUUUCAUUCAUAGGGUUAGUAUUAUGUUUCAUGCAGCAUGUGAGCAGUUCUGCUACCUUCUUUAUAAUCUUGGAAUCUUAUGUUAUUUAUUCUCAUUGCAGUAGAAUGCAAUUUGAAAUUCAAUCUGGCAAUCCUGUUCUAGUAUAACCCAUUUCUAAUGAUUCUUGGAUAUUUAAAUUUAGUAUUUGUCUCUACAGAUAUGUUUAUAAUCAUCAGUCAGAAGAACAGUAGGAACUAGGCAAGUUGACUCAAGCAUUAACACUUGUGACUUAUAUUCAAGUGAUAUUUUGUUGAAAUAUUGGCUGGGACACCGACUGCCCUGAGAUUUUUCAAGUAUUCUUCAGUCUCUCACAAAUUCCAGGAUAAUAACUUACACUAGACCACAAGCACUUCCUUUGACAUCCUUUGCAAUUUGUUAUUUGCCGUCAUCCACUCGUUUGAUUCUGUGUGCCCCUGAGUUACUGACAGCAUUAGGGCUGUGCCGUCACAGCAGCCAGGGUUCAGUCCCAGGUCAAGCCAUGUGGGUCUGGUGGUGGACAAAGUGGCAUUGGUGCAGGUUUCCUGCAAGUACUUCUGUUUCCCCUGCCAGUUCUCAUUCCAACAAAGUGCUUCAUACUUAUCUGUCAUCUGGGGCUGAUACAAUAGACCAGUUAGUGGCUUACAUACCACGUGGACUCAGUGGACUCCUGGUUGAAGUCACAUCUCAAGGUUCAUUUGGAGCCAUUCAUUCCACAUGAUGCAUUGAUUCACUUCUUGUGUGAAUCAGUAUUGAACAAAUAGAAUUCAUAGUUCACUGCUGGUAUAAGUAUGCGAUGCAAGAUACAUACUUGCUCUUAUUUCAUUUUUAUGCAUACAAUAUAUAUAUAUAUAUAUAUAAGAAUUUUUUAUUCCAGCUUUGCUACAUAUGAUAUUUUGUGUUUUGAAGUACACUGUCCAAGAUGAUACCAGUAAUUCAUAAUUAAUGCUAACCAUAGAUGGAUAAUAUUUUGUUUCUGAAACAGUAUAGCGAUAAUAAUAAAUCGUUCCAAGAUCUACAGUGUGAUUCUAAAUUAUUGUCGGCGUUUCCAUGGCCUCUAAUUUUCAAACCGGAAACAAAAUAAAACUGAUU